AUGCAACAGGAGAAAGUGAUGAUGAUGAGGGAUCCAGGUCCAAAGGAGCCGCUGGACGCCAUCUUGAGGCGUCUGCAGGAGGACGUGGUGACUUUUGUCAAAGAGCAGAUGCAGAGGAUCCAAAGGCUCCUGGCAUCAGAUUACCCAGAAUGCUCUGAGAGUGAGGAGGAGAGCAGAGAGGUUCUGAAGAUCGCCCUGGACUUCCUGAGGAGGAUGAAGCAGGAGCAGCUGGUCCAGCGCCUGCAGAGCAGAAGCACUGUUGGAGUUUGUAGAGAUGAACUGAAGAAGCAGCUGCAGCAGAAGUUCAGCCGUGUGUUUGAGGGCGUGGCUAAAGCAGGAGACUCCGCCCCCCUGACCCAGAUCUACACAGAGCUCUACAUCACAGAGGGCGGGGCCUCAGAGGUCAACCAGGAACAUGAGGCCUUACAGAGUCCAAACGGACACCUGGACCUGUUCCUGCGCUUCCUCCUGGGGCUGUCUCUGCCGACCAAUCAGAGGCUGCUGUCAGACUCAGACCUGCAGGACUUUGACCUGAGGAAAUACCGGGCCUCAGAGACAGCUCUCCUGGGUCUGCUGCCGGUGGUCAGAGCCUCCACCAAAGUCCUGUUGAGGGACAGUGGACUGUCCCCUCACAGCUGUGGUCCUCUGGCCUCAGUCCUCAGCUCCUCCAGUCUCACACACCUGGAUCUGAGUAACAACGACCUCCAGGACUCAGGAGUGGAGCUGCUGUGUUCUGGACUGAAGAGCGCCCCCUGUGGACUGCACACUCUCAGGCUGUCUGGAUGUCUGAUCUCAGAGAGGGGCGGGGCUGCUCUGGCCUCAGCUCUAAGCCCCGCCCCCUCCCAUCUGAGAGAGUUGGACCUGAGCUACAACCAUCCAGGAGGUUCAUCAGAGCUGCUGAAGGCUCUACAGGACGACCCACACUGCCCCCUGCAGGAACUCAGGUUGGAUCCUGCUGGAGAACAGUGGAUGGUUCCAGGUCUGAGGAAGUAUUCCUGUCGAGUGUCUGUGUUCCUGGACUCUGAGGCUGGAUCUCUGUCCUUCUAUGAGGUCGUCUCUGAUGGAGAACUGUUCCACCUCCACACCUUCACCUCCUCCUUCUCUGAGCCUGUGUUUCCUGGGUUUGGACUGGAGCAUGAACGUUCCUCUGUGUCUGUGGUGGAUCUGAGGAGAGCGCCCCCUGCUGGACAAUACAAUACUUCCUCUUAA